GACGUCGUACUGUGAGUCGAGAACCCAGAAGCUUAAAUUGAGUGCUGUAGUAGAGGGCGAGAGGAAGCGAAAAGCUCGACGCCGAUCGGCGAGCAACCAUGGCGGAAGCUGAACAGGUCGUCAAACCAAAGCCUCGACCGAUUAUUCGCAUUGGUCUAUUUCUCAUUUCCCACAGCCUCUUCGUGAGUGUGAUAUGCUGCACGGCAGGAAUUGUAGCUCUUCUUCUUCUGCCUGCUCUCGCCAAGAACACCUAUAUUUCGGAAAAUGCCCUGAUGCCUGGUUCUGCCAGUCCUAUGCUCUCUAAAAAUGAUGCUUCAGAGGGACACAAUUUUGUGAACGGGAUACUGAAUUUGGAUUCAGAGACUACCAAAACUGGCAUUGAGAUCCCUGAGUUGAUAGCCAAACACAUAGUGGAGUUGGGUGGUGAAGUUAACUAUCACAAGUUCCAACCAGUUUCUAAUAAGUUUCAUCCGCUGCACUUCUUCUUGGGUCCUGAUGCAGGAGUAAUACAAGAGAACUACAGUUGUUCAUCUUAUGGGAUCAAUACUGUUGGAAUAAUAAGAGCCCCUCGUGGUGAUGGGAAGGAAGCCAUUGUGAUGGUCACACCUUAUAAUUCUGUCAAGAUCACUACAGGCCAGGCUUUAUCUCUUGGAGCCGCAUACUCGGUCUUCUCUUUGCUUUCUCGAGUUACUUGGCUUGCUAAAGAUAUUAUAUGGCUUGCUGCUGAUUCAAAGCAUGGGGAAUAUGCUGCAGUUGCAGCAUGGCUGAGAGACUAUAAUACACUUUCUUUUGGUGACUUGAAUCUGUACCCUGAAAUGUGUGGUGUAAGUACUUCGGCAUCACGUAAGAAAAGUCAAGUUAAGCAAGACACAAUAUCUGAUGGUUUUCGACGUGCUGGCACCAUGGCAGCUGCGCUUGUCAUUAAGGUUGCUGACACUAGCACAGAGUUUGAGAAGGAUGUUCUCAACAUAUAUGCUGAAGCAUCUAAUGGGCAGAUGCCUAACCUUGACCUCAUAAACGUUGUCAAUUAUUUGGCUGUGCAUGGGCAGGGUUUGCAAGUGAGGGUGGAGAAGAUUUGGUCAUUGCUUGAUUCUUGGUGGCUGAACAGUCUUGGGGAACUGAUUGAGUUGCUUGGAAAGGUGGCUACAAGCUUAAAUCCACAAGGGAGGUUUGGUAUUCCUGUUGCAGAUUAUGUUGAAGGCUCUGUCACUCUAGCCAGUUCCCUAUAUAAUCAGGCAUUGGGUGUUCCGACGGGUCCACAUGGUGCCUUCCGCGAUUAUCAAGUUGAUGCUAUCACUAUGGAAAUCUCACCAAAGUUUUACUCAACUGAGAGGGUUCUGUUCCUUUUGCGUGUUGGCAGGUUGGUUGAAGGAGUCAUACGGUCUGUGAAUAAUCUCCUUGAGAAGUUUCACCAGUCCUUUUUUUUGUAUCUCUUGACGUCGCCAAAUAGGUUUGUCUCUGUUGGAGUAUACAUGAUUGCCUUCGCAUUGCUCAUUGCUCCCCUUCCAUUGGUUGCUGCUGCUUUGUUUUCUGAUGCUAGUAAAACAAAAUUGGGGAAAGACAAAGUUCCACUUAAACCUGCUCCUCAUGGGGAAUCAAUCCCAACUUUUACAUCAUGGAAAUGGCUUUAUGCUGCAAAAACUGUUCUAGUUGUCCACUUAUGGGGUGCAGUUGUGACAUUACUUCCUAAUUUUCUCUACCAAAUUCCUAAUUCCUCACCAUCAACUAACCUCUUAAUUUGGAUCCCUCUUUCCAUGCUAAGCCUCUUCUUCACGUAUGUACUAUCCGGUUCUUUUUCAUUUUUUAGCACGAGUCAACCACAAAGAAGAGAAUGGGCCCUCCUUAAGUCGGUAACUGUUGCUGCUGCUUUCAUAGGACUUUGUCUCAUGUCUGUAAUAAAUUUUGCAACAGCAGAAAUUGGAGCACUCCUGUUAGUUCCUAUGUGUUUGACUGCUGUGCCCUUGAGGCAUGAUCUUAAAGUAAAUACCAUGAGGGCAUUAAUCCGUGGAGCCUGUAAUAUGCUAUUGGUAUUUGUGGGGUUUCCUCCGAUUGCCUUUCUUUUGCUAAAAGGUGCAUCAGAUGGUUUUGGUAACGUAAGAUUUGGUGACUUCUGGAAUUGGGCCGAGACCCUUUGGGCAUGGAACAGUGCAACUUACAUCUACAUAUGUAUGGUUCAUCUCCCCUGCUGGGUUCUGUGUAUUCACACUUUACUACAUCAAUGUUAAUGUGUUCCAAACAUUUUAGGCUCCUCCUUUGUUGUAUCAGUUACUCCUAUAUGAGGACAGUAGAAAUUCUAUUUUGCUUCGGCUCUAACACGCAUGAGCUCCGAAGCUUGUUUGGUAAUUGAUUACUUGGUGCAUGUUCAUAUGA